CGACUCUUCAGGAAAUAAAAUAAAACGCACCGUCCCGUCCCGCUCAUCUCAAGCCCAGUGUCACCUCGCUCACCUCCUCCCUCGUCAGUACUGACCCAAAGUCAUAUCGCUUAGCAUAUACACAAACACAACCAGCACACUCUCACUCAACAUAUUCAACAUGUUCAACCACAACCCCUUCAGCUCCGAAAAGGAACAGCGCCAGCAACCCACCUGGGACCCCAACACCCUUGCCAUGACACAGCCAUCUACCCCUGCGGCACCAACCCAGCUCGUCUCCCAGCAGCUGGUAUACCUCAUCCAUACUCCCCUAUCAAUUAACACAGUAUGAGCUUACGCUUGCCCUGUCGUCUAGCCCGCACAAGAACAAAUGAACAUGAGACUACGUGGUGGUGGUGAGAAGGAGGAUAUUUGCUGUGGAGUGUAGGUUUUUUCCUUUCCUUUUCUGUACUGUACUGUGAUGAGGUGGUGGAGCUGAUGAGUGAAGGUGUGCGGGUCUGGCCUGUUUCGAGUGUUGCGAGUGUUGCUGUUAGUGGAUUACCAGGGAUAUACCGUGUUGAUAAUGGUUGGAUGGUGGAUUACAUAAACAUAAUGAUGAUUGAUGCAGCGUUCUCUUGAAUGAAGGCUGGCUAUGGCUUCUGGGUUUGAUAUGCUUAGUUGUCAUGCAGAACUGGUAUCAUUGAUAUUGGCUAUGUAUAUACAUAAGCAAAUACACUGCGAAUCCCACCACAGAAAUC